AGAAAGGAAGGUGAGAAAUUAUUUAUGUCUUUGUCCUUCUCUGUGAACGUGGAUUUCAGGGUUACGUCAGACUCUCAGCCUGAGUGUUGUACCUACUCAUUACUUGGUUAUUGCUUAACCCUCUGUAACAUUUCUCCCCCAACCCUCUUCCAGAACUGCGUAAACACUGACAAAGAGGAAGCUGUACCUUAGAGGGAAGUCCAAUGGCUGAAAUACUGUGAGCUUGCCAGAAUUGUGCCUUUCUGGUGUUGUGACCUGGUGACCCCUAAGAACUAAACAAAGUGGAUUCUUUUCACUCGAACUGCUUUCUCUCCCUUCUUCCCUCACACCCUUUCCUACUUUAAGGAAAAUUUCCAGAUUCAACAGGCUUCUCCUUUUCUUCCGCAUUUACUAUAUGGUGUAUCUUUGAUUUCUCUUGCUCAGCCUUAAUUGUUUUUGAUGAGAGCUGUUGCAUUUUCCAUGUAGGGUAGCCAAAACUGACUGAUAAUUGCAUGGGGGAGGAGUGCUUCCUCCUUUGUCCUAGAACAGCCAUUCUGUUACUGUCAUCCAAACCCAUGUCAGGGUGUCAGCUUUAUGCGGAGGUAUUGAGAUGCUGUUACCUCUUCUACUUUUUCUUUCCUUUGGUUUGCUUGACCACUGAAGGGGGGUAGAAAGCUGUUGUCGUGUGAAAUCCUGAAGAUACUGGGAAUGGACUUUAUUAACAAGUCGGUGACAGUAUUAUUCAAAUAAAGGCCUGUUUCUAGAAACUACAAUCAUAAGUAGUCUUUUGACUUAGUUCAUCCUCCAUAUUAUCUCAUUACUGAUUCCAUACCUGAAUUCUUCUCUAGAGCAGAAUGGAGAGAACAUGGUCUGCUAGUCAAGAGUUUAGAGGCUGGACCUUCUUCACAUAGUAAUAAUCAACUGACAUUGAGCACAUUGGCCCUUUCUUUCUUUUUCACUUAAGAAGGUUUUAUUUUAAUUAAGAAAUAAAACUAGGCUACGAAAUGUGUAUUACAGUCCUUAAGAAAAUGUGAUAUUUAAUUGUUGCUUGUAGUCUUAAUUUUAAUCUUAUUUUGGGGCAACAUAACUUAAACCCAAGUAGUAAAUGUCCUUAACUUUGUUAGAAAAAUAUAUUUGUCUUUUCAAGAAUACAUUUUCAUCACAGUGAGCUAUAUAAUUUUAAAAACAUUUAAAAGAGAAAAGUUGGACUCCUUGAAACCUGGAUUAUUUGGAGAUGUAUCUGUAUAUUUUUUGUUAAAUACUCUAAACCAGGAGAAUGUGUUAAACUUACAGUUAUUUCAGCCAGUUAGCAAUGUUAGUGUUAAUAACUCAGUGAUAGUGGUUUAGAAGAGGUUAUCAAACAAAGAGUGAAAGUGUCCCUCAAACUUCCAGAUGGUAGAAUGUUAGUAUUAUAGAAUAAAAUUCCCAAAAUAUCCAGGGGAUGUGUCUCUCAAUGGAGAAUAAGAAUAGUGGUAUGUCUGUUGAUACAUCUUAAUAUAGUACUAUCAGAGAUUGAGCUGUAUUAGUAUUCCAUGUACAGCUUCACCGUGCUGCCCCAAUACAUUCUUCCAUGUACAAAUCACAUCUCAUUGUGUACAGGGUUGGCAGUGGCACUUACCAUUUUGGGCCACAUAUCAAUAUAGUACUGUCUAAAAAUGUACCAGAAAGGAUUUAUAGAUUUUAUUACUUUAAAUUAUUAUAUCCAUUUCUUCAGCAAAUGUUUAUUGAUCACAUGCUGUGUGCAGUCACUGUUCUAGGUGCUAUCAGAGACAGCAGUGAACAAACAAUACCUCUGUUCUCAUGAAGAUCACAUGUGAGUGGAGAGACACACUGAGAAAAUAAAAUGUGUCAGAUUUCAACUAUUGCAGAAAGUGAAGAUUCACAGGAGUCCGUGGAUAGUGUAACUGAUUCCCAAAAACGAAGGGAAAUUCUUUCAAGGAGGCCUUCCUACAGGAAAAUUUUGAAUGACUUAUCUUCUGACGCACCAGGGGUGCCAAGGAUUGAAGAAGAAAAGUCAGAAGAGGAGACUUCAGCCCCUGCCAUCACCACUGUAACGGUGCCAACUCCAAUUUACCAGACUAGCAGUGGGCAGUACAUUGCCAUUACCCAGGGAGGAGCAAUACAGCUGGCUAACAAUGGUACCGAUGGGGUACAGGGCCUUCAGACAUUAACCAUGACCAAUGCAGCUGCCACUCAGCCGGGUACCACUAUUCUACAGUAUGCACAGACCACUGAUGGACAGCAGAUUCUAGUGCCCAGCAACCAAGUUGUUGUUCAAGCUGCCUCUGGCGAUGUGCAGACGUACCAGAUCCGCACAGCACCCACUAGCACCAUCGCUCCUGGAGUUGUUAUGGCGUCCUCUCCAGCACUCCCUACGCAGCCUGCCGAAGAAGCAGCGCGGAAGAGAGAGGUCCGGCUAAUGAAGAACAGGGAAGCAGCAAGAGAAUGUCGUAGGAAGAAGAAGGAAUACGUGAAAUGUUUAGAGAACAGAGUGGCGGUGCUCGAGAACCAGAACAAGACCUUGAUCGAGGAGCUGAAAGCACUUAAGGACCUCUACUGCCACAAAUCAGAUUAAUCUGGGAUUUAAAUUUUCACCUGGUAUGGUGGAAAAUGGACUGGAUUGGCCACAACCAGAAAGACAAAAUAAACAUUUAUUUUCUAAACAUUUCUUUUUUUUCUAUGCGCAAAACUGCCUGAAAGCAACUACAGAAUUUCAUCCAUUUCUGCUUUUGCAUUAAACUGUGAAUGUUCCAGCCCCUGCUUCCACUUCUCCCUCAAGACUGUGCGGCACCAGGAAUCAUGAAGACUUCUGCUCCCCAUCUCCCGCCUCCUCAAGAAGUAAUAAUUUGUUUAUUUGUAAAUUGUUGGGGGAAACGAGGAAAAUGAAAUCUUGGCUCUUUGGUUUUUAGUGGGUUUUGUUUUGUUUUGUUUAUUUUUAAUGAUUUCAAGGUUUGUGAUGAGGUCCAUGAUUAUCUUAGGGUAGAACUACCCAGCCUCUUGAGCUGAAGUAAUGUGUGAGGCACAUAAGGAAAUUAAGUGAGGUACAAUGAGGUGUUGAUGCCAAAUUGAGGUUUUUUACAGUUUCAUUGUGAAUUAUGUAAAACUAUUCAGAGACAGGCCCUCUAAAAACGAAUUUUAGUUUGGUGUUGAGGAUUAGACUGUGUUCUUUUCUUCCAUACUAAAAGUUGUCCUUGGUUCUGAGAAGCAUUUUGUAUUCGCCACAGCUGUCCUGUAGGGCAUUUGUUACUUCUGAAUCCAGUUCUAUGUGUUUAAUAAUUUGAAUACAUUCAAAGAAGUAACCAACUGAAAACAAGGACGGUAUUUGAAUUUUGAGUUAAGUUAAAAUCCAAGUACAAAGCUUAUUUUGGUUAGUACUAAAUCUUAAUGAACAGAUGCUGGACAGGAAGCCAACUCCUUAGUUAUAUAGAAGGUUUUAAUAAAUAAAAGCUUUUGUCCUUGCUUUCAAAACCCUCAUAUUGUCCCUCAUUUACCUAAAGAGCUAUUUCUAAUUCACUGUUGCAUUUACUGUGCCAACAGGAAAAUGUUCAAGCUGCCCAAGCAAAGUGAUUACUUUAGAGAAACAACCCAAUUACAACCCUUUCUGUACUCAAAUAGAUCAGGGAAUCUGAGGUGGCUCUAAAUGUAGUAUAAACGCACAAAGAAAAGCAGUUUUCUUCAGACAUUGGAUUGUCUGCUGUGGCACAGCAUUUGGCAAAAAUCUUUUUCUCCCAUAAAAAGUGGUACUGCCUUAGUUAUCCAGUAGCUAUUCUAUUGUCUCUAAAGAAGCUCCCUACUUAAAUCCUGACUCAAUGGUCUGCAUUUAUGUGUAAUGUUGUUUCUGAUAAGACCUAGUAAUAACUCAUUUUAGUCACAAAGUCUGAUACGAUCUAAAAGUUACUCUUUAAAGGACAAACAUGAGGAAGGUUGAGGCUGGUAUGCUAGAUUACUUCAUGUGUGAGGAAGAACUUGGACUCAGAAGGUUGUUUUAUAUUUUCUCAUGGGAUAUUAAGAAAACUGGUUUUAAUGUCAGUAUAUACAUUUGAGCAUGAAUUAUUUGGCCCAUUUUUUAAAAUAAGACUUUAGGUUACUAUCUGUAAAUGUUGUAUGUUGUUUAUAACAAACCAUUGUCUUUUUUAAAGGAUGAACAGUUUGUGAAGGAGCAUCAUUCUAAGGCUUGAGUGAUGUAAUCCUUGUGUUUGGACAGUUCACCAGAGUCUCAAGAAGGCUUUCAAACGGCUGUAAAGUUUGAUGUUUGUCCUGCUGAGCUUACUGGGAAGGAGAUAGCAUACAAACGGUGUGGGUACCAGCACGUAGAUGUAUCAUUUGCUAAACUUGGUUAAACAGAUAUGAAGCAAAAUAACAAAUCUGUUGACAAGCCGGAACUACUUCACAUUAAGUCAUGAUGUCAGAUUGAACAUUUUAAAUGUCACAAGUGAAAAACUUGCCCAGUGUGUAGAAGACGUAUUCUUUUCUAGGUGUCUGUCUUCAAAAGCUGAGGCUUUCUACAGUGGUCUCCUUAGUGCUUUAUAAGCCAAGGCAGUCUCAGGCACACUUACUAGCUGGAUGAAUUGGAAGAGGCUUGGGCCCUUGUGCCUGGAGCACAGCUGUACUGGUUUGAGGCUGGUUACUUAAUAAGGUGAGAAAUAUGUGAUGUUGCUAAAUCUGACUUGAAGAUUUCAGUUUAUACAGAAAGAAAUCAUGCAUCUUUAAUGCAAGCUGUUUUUUUAAAUAUGAGAAUUAGAAAAAACUUUGUUUUUGAGCUACUUGGAGAAUCUUUAUUAAGAAAAUAACAUAAUUUUUUAAAAACGCUUAUAUCCAAGAUUGUAUGUGGCCACAUUACCAGUGAUGUUUUUCUCUUGAUAUUGGCCAAAAGGGAAUGAAAAUGCUGUCAUAGGAAUCUGUACAUAUGCUACUGAUUUGCCUAGAAAAUAGCAAGUUUGGUAUUGCUCACUUUGCAUAUUUAGGGCCAUAUGGCACUUUUAUCUAUAGGACAGAUUAACUCUAAUAAAAAUGAAAUGGGGAGGGGUUUAUUUUUGAUAUAUUACUCUUCUGAGUUUUCAAGCUUUGAUAGUGUUUAAUGGAAAAGUGGUUUAGAAAGGGCUAGAUCCAAUAUGUUCAUAAAUAUGAGAUAAAAUUUAAGUUCUUUCUUUAACAAAAGCAAGUACCGUAUUAGUAACCAUCAUAUUGUCAUAGGUGCUGUGCUUGUUUAGAUGUUAAAGAAUGGGUGGGGAAUGGCAUUUUGUAAUAUAUAUGUACAUAUAUACAUACAUACAUACAUACAUACAUACAUACAUACAUACAGUAUAUCAUCAGAAUGCUCGGAGAGCUCUUAUGUCAGGAAUGCUGAGUUUUGUAGCAUAUUGAGGUCAGAUAAUAUUCCACACUUCUGUGCAUUCUCCUGCAUCUCUUCUGCUGGUUUCAGUGACUGUAUUACUCCAGCACUCAUAACUGGUUUUUAUCCUUUAUUUUUCUUCCAGUUUUUUAUUAGUUUUCUUUGGCUUGAUGCUUUUGGGUAUGUUACCAGUCACUUGAAAACUCCUGACCCCCAAAGCUUUCCCGUGUUUGUUCUUUCCUGCUUUCUUUCUGGCAGCUAUAAAAUUGGUAAGAACAUUGUGAACAUAGCUUUUAAAAGAUUUUUUUUCUUUUUCUUUCUUUCUUUUUUUUUUUUUUUUUUUUUUUUUUUUUUUUUUUUUUGAGAAUCAUAUUGGGCAAAGACUUCUGGUGUUUCCUUUGAACAGGGAAUUUGUCAGGAAUGUGUUUUGAUGGCAGGUCAGCAAGCAGUGCUAGUGUCCAAAGCACAAAGCCAGUCAGGCAGGCUGUCUGUCACAAGUCAUCUGGCUGAAGUUUGUCUGUCUCUCAGGACUCCUCCCUGCUGGUUUCCACCAUUUAGGGUGACGUGGAAUCAAACAAGGACCGGGACUUAGAAACCAAUGGAGUUGUCUAACCCGGGUGACUCUAGACUCUGUCUCUCUCCUUCUCUGCCAACUCCAGUCAAGCUAGUAACACGGGUUUGUUUCUCUACCAAUAGCUGUGUCAUUUUCAGCUCCUUUCAGAGGCUUUAUUUUGCCUUUGUAACACUGAAAAACUAUUGGCAUAUCAUUCCCCGGGGCCCAAUACAAAGGUUGUAUAUUUCCUUGGGAGUUCUUUGUAAAUGGUCGCUGUCACUUGCACUUUUUUUUUUGACCCAGUUUGGGUAUCAGCAACUUGGGAAAUUCCCUCAUUGGUCAGCUGUCCAGUGACGCUCCUGUCUUCCUCCUCUCUUCAGACAUGACUCCUUAAUGGAAGCUCUUGGUUGACUACAAUAUCGUAGCUAGUCUAAAGCAUGUUAUAAAAACUAAAUAUCUGGGAAUUAGAUGUGGCUAGGCCAGUAAAUUAAAAUGUGAGCUGAGACUUCUUCAUCAUGAGUAAAUAUUGAAGGAAAAAUACUUUAAAUUUCAUUCUCACCCCAACAUUCUAUGUAGAGUAUACCAGAAAUUUUUCCAGAAUAUUAUGAACUUUGUUAAAGCAGUUAACUUAUUUUCAUCAUGGGAAACCCUGUAAUAAUCAUUGUUACUAAAUUAUUUUCAUAUUAAAUUUGGCUUUAACGUCAAAGAAAUGCUGCCUAAACCUGACUGGUUUCAGAUGGGGCCUGCACAGGGGAAGUGCUGUAGAAUAAGCGUGUCCACAGUUGUACAAAGCACAACUAGAGUCUCUGGUGGGUGGCUUGUGUGUGUCUUGAUUACUUUCAAUGUUAAUAAUGUUGACUCUUCGGUUAACAGUCACUGUUAUGUACCAGGAACUGGUUUCCUUGACUUUCUUUAUCAAUGGCCGAGAGAGGCGUGUAAUCCUUGAGGGGUCGAGCAUAUCAUGAAGUUGAGUCAGUGUGGAAGAAUUUCAAACAAAUAAAACAGGGUGCUGAAGUUCCGGCUGACUCACCCUCACGUGGUGUGCUCCUGGUGAGUGAAUGUAGCCUGCAGCCUUUGUGUGUCCUGAGGGGCAGACACACUUUCAUAAGGACCAGAAACAUUUGAAUGGAGGAAUUAUAUUUCAGGUGUUUUAGCUUGAAAUUUAUUUUUUAAAAAAAGAAAAAUUAAAAAAAUAAAUAAGAGAGCAAAGUUUGGGAAGCAAGUUGGCAGUGUAAGAACAGGCAGAACAAAUGCUGGCCAGUCCUCGCUCUGGUACUUGUGGGGGCAGGUCCAGAGGAAGAUGAUCAAUCUAUAGGAAGUAUGUGAGAAGGGCCCAACAGUAGCAACUCGUACUUCCCAGGUAUGAGUCACUACUUGCCCAUAGAAGUACAGCGUUUCUAGGCUUCUGUCUGAGGAGCAUCAGAGAUGAGAGGAAAUCCGAGAUGUUGAAAAAGAGAACAGUAGGGAAGAAGAGUCUGCAGAUCAUGAUCUAUGUUGGCCACAUGAAAUGAUUUAUUAUAUUUGGGAGGUUUUAUUUUCUUAUGUUUUUUAAAAUUAAAUUGGUAAAUGCUUUAUAGACGUAUUUUUACCCAGGUGCCACUUCAAUAUGUAUGUAAUAAAGUUAUUUAUAUUAAAAGUGGGAAAUUUGUCAACAUUUUUUCUGUGCGUGUAGAUUUAUUAGGAUGGCUAAGUGUGUUAGUUAGCAGUUUUCUGUGUAAAGCUGUCUUUAGCUGAUCUGUGCACAUAGGUUAUAAUGCCCCCAAGGGAUUACAAGGAAGGAUCAUUCCCAGCCUGGACGUGUCACUUGAAAUUCUUGAAAAGAUAAAUAACUAGGGAAGUCCUAGGAGGAUGUCUGGCUUUUUGGUUUUUCCUUGAGUACUGGAGUAGAGAAUACCUCCCCUAGAACUGUCAGCACAAAACAGGGUAUCAGCCUUUAACUCUGAUGUUUCUAUUGGAGUUGAGUACUAAUAACUAUGAGGAGGAAAAUACAUUUCUAAUGAAAAUUCCUUACAAUCUAGAAACAUCCCUGUUUAAAUUUUUUUACCUAAAUCUUUUUGUGCUUUAUGUGUAAAGAAUAAAAAUACCAAGAUACCAUGCAUUUUAUUAACACUAUGUACAUAUUGGCUGCUUUGUGUUCAGAAUGGUAGCGGUUGCUUUGUAUAUUGAAGUGAUCCUUGUGAAUUUGUGAAAUAUUGUCAUAAAGUGCUUUUCUUACUGUAAUCUUUGUGGUAUCAACUGUCAAAAUGCCCUUUUUACACAGACAUCUAUGUGCAGACACAUAAACAUGCUUUUAAAACUCUGGAAAGUCUCUUUUUUGGGCCGGGAUCUCUCUCUCUCUUUCUUCCCCAGGUAGUGCGUGUGUUUACCUGUUUUCUUUGACUUGAGUUUAUUCAUUUUCUGAAAUGAGCAAAGAUCUCAUUGAAUAUAUCACAGGCUUGCAAUGCUUAGCAACAGAGCACUGUAAUUCACACAACACACCUAGAGUCGAUUCUGCUGCAGUCCUCACUUGGCCUGUUGCUUUGCGAGUGCUGCUGUCCUGUUGAGUAACUCAUAGAGGCAUGUCCAGCAGCUUAGUCAGGAACCGUGUGCAUCAACGAACAAUAGCGAACUUGGCAGACCACCUUUAUUCUGAAUACGUAAACUGCAACAGACGGUGGGUAUGGCAGCAUGCUCUUGUAAUUCCAGGCUCAGGAACACGGGAGGCAGAACCAAAGGCUAGGUUGGGCUAUCUCCAGUGAGGUCCUGGGGGAAGAAGGGUAUGAACAAGGGAGUUCUGGGGUGGGUAUGGCUACCAUUGCCAAAGAACUAAGAAUAAAAGAUCCCUGUAAUACUCUGCGGUAAAUUCUGAAACUUGUAAAAAGUUAACAUUUUAGUCGUAAAUUGUGUAAUGUUUCCUGUUCAUUAAAUGCAGUCUUGAAGCUUGA